UAUGGGGUGUAUACGUCUGUAUAAAAGAAGAGUUCUUCCCGGUACCGUAAACAGAUUAUAUUUCGGGUACUAAUUUAUUGAUUAAAACAUGAACCGAAGGACUUUUUAAAAAGGCUACCUGAAUGCUGCUGACGUGUUAGCUGUUCAAUAGACAACAAUUAUGGGAAAUUGCAACCCAUCAAAAUGAAGGGUCUCUUCCUUGUGGAACCUGUGGUGGCCCUGUACUCUUUCUCUGCCUUUCUCAUCUACCCUCUGGUGCAGCAGUAUGUGUACCAGAGGCUCUGGAAAGAGCUGACAAACACUACCAAUUCCAUUUCUGACAUCUCCAAAUGUGUGACAAACAGCAGCAGCAACCAAUCCAACUACUUUGAGGAGGUACAAAGACAGUCAUCUCUCUUCUUCCUUUAUAUAGAGCUCUUCUCCAUAAUCCCAUCUUUGGUUGUCACUCUCAUGCUCGUGGGCUAUAGUGACCGGGGAGGACGCAAGAUCACUAUCAUCAUGCCUUUGAUAGGCAUGUUGAUCUACACAUCAGCCCUCCUGACAGUAUCCUACUUUGAGCUCAGCAUUUACCUGUUAAUAGGCUCCUCAUUUCUCAGUUCCCUGUUUGGUGGCUUCAGUACAUUUUUCGGGGGCUGUUUUGCCUACAUUGCAGACUUGUGUGAGGAUGGUCGUCAGAAGACACUGCGCAUGGCUGGAGUGGACAUGAUGAUUGGCCUUUUGUCCGGAGUAGCUUCAGUAUCAACAGGCUACUUCCUGAGAGCUGCAGGUUUUAACUGGCCUUUCCUAACCUCUGUGUUGUGUCAGUGCUUGAUCCUAGUCUAUGCAAUCUUCAUCCUAGAAGAGACUGUGAGGACGCCUCCCCCUGGUGCCAUUGUUCUAGAUGGGUCUACUCAGCGCUCAGCACUGAAACAGAUGAUCACCGGGGUCUACUAUAUGUUUGCAGGGGCUAGUCACAAGUGUAAAAUUGUUUUGGUUCUCCUGAUGCUCAUAUUCUUCACCACCUCCUUCGCCUAUGUGGGUGGGAUCUCCUUGAUGACACUAUAUGAGCUCAAUGAACCGCUGUGCUGGACUGAGAUUUUGAUUGGCUAUGGCGCAGCACUGUCCACUGCUGUGUUCCUGACCAGUUUUGUGGGAGUGUCAGUGUUCAUGUACUGCGGUGUACCACAGCUGUUCAUUAUCCUGAUGGGGAUCCUAUCUGUUUUCUCUGGCAUGGUCUUGGCAGCGUUUGCUAAGACCACUUUACUGAUGUUUAUAGUGAGGGUGCCAAUGCUUCUGGCCGUCAUGCCUUUUCCUGUUAUGCGCUCAAUGAUGUCAAAGAUCAUCUCAAAGUCUGAGCAGGGAGCCCUGUUUGCCUGUAUUUCCUUUUUUGAGAGUUUAAUUAACAGUUCAUCGCCUGCAGUCUUCAACAGUGUCUAUGCUGCUACGUUGCACUGGUACCCUGGCUUUGUCUUCCUGUUGUCUGCAGGACUUUGUGUGAUCCCUUUGUGCAUCCUAGGGGUGUUGGCUCUGAUAGGAGUGGAUGUUACCAGAGAGGACAGAAAGCCAGAACAGGAUUCUGCUGUUAAUCAGAAUGACAGCAGUUCUCCUCUUACAUGAGCUUUAAGGAGUGCUGAAACCUCACCAACACGUUGGGCAUCUUUUCUUCAGUCAUUUUUUCUAAGAUAUUCUUUCCAAAUGUAGCCCAGUGACUAUUGUUUUUAAUUUUAUAAGUUAAUAAUGCAGGUUACUGAGUCAUGCUUAGGUUUUGUUGCAGUGGGUCUUUUGUGCCAUAGAAUUUAAAAAGCAUAUAGAUACAACAGAGUGUUAGGCAAACCAGCUCUCACAGAACAUUGUUAGAUAAGGUGCAUACCAAAGUGACACCAUGAAUAGGAUACGACGUAGGAACCAUUCAGAGAAUCGAUAUUGAGUGGUACGUGUCAAAUCUAACAGGUCAUGAACAGGUCAUGAACUUUUGUGUCUGUCUCUCCUUUUUAAUGUAAUGGUAAUCUUUAAAAAGAUGAUCAGUUGCAGAAAUAUUAUGCAAUGCAGCACAAAUCGUUUUGAAUAUAUAAAGUUUCUUAUAUUUUUUUAAACAUAUCUACAUUUUAGAUGCAUUUUAUUCACUAAAUUCCACAUUAAGAAUGAAACAGGGUGGACUUUCAGUAUGGUUCCAUUGAGGUUUGUUUGUUUGUUUGUUUGUUUGUUUGUUUUGGAGGGUAUGGUGGAGAGAGAGAGAUUUUUUUUUCUAGCACAGAGAUGGUAAACCACAUAGUUUAGUGUUGCUUUGUGAGUCAAGUCCAAAUGGUGUAUCAUAGAAAUAGACUCCCUUUGGAAACACUGUUGUGUAUUUUAUGGAGUUUAUCAUAAAAGUGCAAAUAAUUUAACAAAUCAAAUGUAAAUUUUUUAUGUAGUUGUUAAUUUUUUUCCUGUUAUUUGUUCUAUUUUGUUCAAUUAUGUGUAUAACUUUGUGUAAGUACAAAUGAAAAGUGAGAUUAUUUUUUAGGAGAAUCUAGUCAGUCCCAGAAAAGACCAAUGUUGGUGAAGAAUAUUCUGCACUUUAGGUUUGUAUGGAUGUGUCUUCCUGUUGCUUACUAAAAACCAGCACUAAUGGAGCUUGAUCUCUUGUCUUAAACAGUGGUAACUUUGUGGUGAUGGAAAGCUUUCUCACAAAUUAGACAUCCAGUCAGCUAAGUUACUAGCUAGUCACCUUGUUAUCAUGUCUAAUGUUGGAUUUGGAAUGUAAACAUAAAGAAGAAGAACACCUUUGGCAAAUGAAAUAAUUAUUAACCGGUUUGAUUAGUUUUGAAUCUGAAAUCCUUGUCAGCCAUCCAAAAGGGAAGAAAAUACAACAGCAAAUAAAGGUGUUUUUGUAGAGACUCAGAUAGACACGACCACCCGCAUAUCAAUAAUAUACACUGCAGUGGCUACAUCCACUUCCACAUUUUAGUGAUUCAACUUUUUCUCUGGUCACAGAUUCACCUGUCAUCAGCAAGAAAAUAUAUACUUUUAUGCAAUGAAUGAAAUCCUACAUACUAUUUUGGGAGGAUGUCUCUCUCUAAAACAUUUCACAUCAAUUUGUCAAAUGCUUUAGAGCAUUAGAGUUGUUUGUUUCUUAGGCUGUUCUUAGGCUUUGACAGUAAUAUUAUGUUUUAAUAAGCCUCUGUUCAAAGGAAAUAAUAAUGUGUUUCAAAUUUCCAAGCAGGUUGCGAACAGAACUGCUUAAGUGAUGUUGCAUUUUGUGCAUUGACCACUCUGUGUCACUCUUGAGCCAAGCAAACAGGCACUGUAUAUCACUAGUGUUAAGGUGUAUUCUAAAAAUCAUCCUUUAUGUCCUUUAUAGUCUUUUAAAUUGUGAAAUUCCUAAGAAGUCCCAAAUGUUUUCCUGUUAGUGUAAAUCUCCUACAUUAGUGACCUACUCUGCCUUUUUCCUGGGGUACAAAUCGAGUACUGAUGACACAGCAGUCAGCUAUAACAAACGUUAUGUUGUCAGUAUGGCCAGAGUUUAUUUAAUUGUCUGAUAACCUGUCUGGGCCCCAGUGUAAGAAAAGUGCCAUUUCUGAGUUGAAUAUAAUUUGCCUAGAGCGGUUAAUAACCGGGCAUUAUGUU